AACCCGGCCGCACGAUGCCAUAAACGCCAUGACAUCGCAACGCGAACGCCGCGCCGACGACAAUGUCGAAUUGUUGCCGUUAAAAUCAAUGCUAGUGAACAACAAUAACAGAGAAGAUGAAGCUUAUUAUCCGCCGCCUAUUAACAGCAAUCCAUCCAGCUCCAAUCUGUACGAUUACACAUUAUUAUCAAAGCGUACGCCGGCCUCGAAAAGGCUACAAUCCCGCAAUGCCCAACCAUCGCCGACGCCACUCCUGACGCUGUGUGGGGCUCCGCCCCCGUCCCGGAGACGCGAAGAGAUAACAGCGAUGGAGAACUUAAAGAAGAAGGUCGCUCCUGCCCUGCUUAGACAUGAUCGGAGAACACCCAGAAAUCAAGAAGCUGACAACGUCAACAACGAGGCAGAGCAGCUGGAUCACAGACCCAAGCUGUUGCAGAAGGUCCUACAGACGAGGCCAGUGAGUAUGGUUGUCCAGUGGAGUGAAGUUCGCACCGCAUGGCAGGACAGUGACUUCAUCACGGAGUGUCUUUGCUGGCACAACGUAUACCGCCAGCGACAUGGCGCACCACAGCUCUAUAUGGCGCCCGAGCUGUGUGACUAUGCUCAAGCGUGGGCAAACCAUCUAGCCCACACCAACAAGUUCCACUACAGAAACGAUCGCGACGUUGGCCAGAAUCUGUACCAGAGACCCGUCAGUGACAUACAGCCGGAUAUAACUGGUCAGGAAGUCUCAUCAUAUUGGUAUGCCGCUGUGCGCCAAUACAGGUUCUUCAAGGAGCCCGAUGUCCUUCACGCUAAUGUCAAUGCAGGUCACUUUACACAAAUGGUGUGGGUUUCGACGCGCUUCUUCGGCGUGGGCAAGGCGCGCUCCCGCGCUGGUAAAGUUAUAGUAGUGGCCAACUACUCACCACCAGGCAACAUGUCUGGCCAUUUCGAGACCAACGUGCUGCCCCCUUUGCCAGAAAACAUGCCGGACCUGCCACCGCAACAAUGACGAAGGUUCUCCAUACGUGGCAGAAGACUGCGUAUUGAUGCCACGUUCAAUAAGUAACAUAUAUUCAAUUUAAUCGAAUGAAUAUUGCUGUAUAAUGGGGUUAAUUUUUAUUUAGUUAGGGCCAUUUCCUUUCUCUUUCACUAUACUCACCACACAAACUAUUUCUCUUUUGUUCCUUAGCUUUUUUUCGCCGCCGUUCUUUAUAUAUGGAUCCGGUCUUAGAUGAUAGAAAUUCUCAAAGAACGUGACGUUACAAUGGCGACAAUUAAGGAACACAAAAUAAAUCUAUAAUAUAUUAAAUAGUUCAAAAAAUUUUAUUAAAAAAAUUACAUUUUAAUCAUCCUUACGUGGGCUCGGAGAGUAUCCUACGAGUUUUGAACGGCUACAGCGCUACUCACCUACGAGUGUUGAACGGCUACAGCGCUAAUCACCUACGAGUGUUGAACGGCUACAGCGCUAAUCACCUACGAGUUUUGAACGGCAACAGCGCUAAUCACCUAGAAGUUUUGAACGGCAACAGCGCUACUCCCCUACGAGUUUUUAACGGCUACAGUGCUACUCAUCUACAAGUUUUGAUCGGCUACAACAGCACUAUUCACCUACGAGUUUUGAAUGCCUACAGCGCUACUGACCUACGAGUUUUAAGCGACUACAGCGCUACUCACCUACAAGGUUAUGAACGGCUGAGACACGUAGGCGUCAGUGUCUACGCUACCGCGCGGCUACUAGAUAACUCAGAGGUUGUUCCAAAAUGAUGUUAUUAUGGAAAAUUAUAUAUAUUUUAAUUUUUAGUAUUUUUUAUGAUAUCCGUUAUGUAGCUCUACCCGUGCGUUCACUUAAUGUCGCCUGUAUAGCUCCACGUUGUAUAUAGGUCAGAUAUAGGUAUCUUAAUAAGUACAUAGGUCAUUAGUCGGCUAUCUAGCUUUCAGAAAAUAAGGAGGUUUGUUGUUGUGGUAAUACUUCCGUAUACAUGACGCUUUGUUCAUAACAACCAUGCAUUAAAAAUAUAUUAGUAUUUUAACAUACAGUUUUUCAAAGGAUGCAAAUAAUGUUUACUAGGGUUGUGAAUACGAAAAUUUGCCGGAUUAUUAUCUGCCUAUCAUACUAGUAAAGUAGAUUCAGACGGUUGCCGUGUCAAAGCCGUGUUUAUAGUGGAUAAGCACGGGCGACACACAGUCACGGUCGCCGUGCCAUAUGCAAGUUGUCAAAUUGCACGGUGACCAUGCCCUGACCGUGUGCAUGUGAAAGGCACUAACAAUCUUACAAUUAUUGAAGUAAUGUAAGGUACCGUAUGUAUGGUAUUUUUAUUCGAGUUCUCCACUACCAACAUGCUGUUGGUUAAAUUCCUUUAAAAGAUUAGAUACUUUUAAGAAGAUACGCCUAAAACUUAUUUUAAUAGACAUAGACUUUAUAGGACUAAGCUUUAAAAGUUACUAUUAACUUAUGGUUGUUACGCCUGAGCUUAUAUAUAACAUAGCUUGUUAAGCAUUAAGCAAUGCACAUUUUAAAAUCUACUCAAUACUUUGUAUAUUGUUAACUAGUACUUAUUUCUAUACAACAAUCAUUUUGUUUAUUAUGAUAUUAGGUACUUAUGGGGUUAAUGAAAUAUGUAGGUACCCACCAAAUUGGCUUAUUUAUUUCAACACACCUAUUAAUAAGCAAAUUUUAAAAUAGCACAGAAAAGUAAGUACUUUUUGCCAACUGUAAGAUUGUAAUUAUAGUUUUAAAUAAUCUCUAAGUCAAAGACACCUAUCAGAUAAAGGAGUUGUUCCAGUGUACGAUAGACCCUGUGGGAUACGAACUUGUACGCCGGAAACUAGAAAGAUCACCUUUUGAAUUUGCAUGACUCGCAAUUCCACCAACUAAAAUACAGGUCUAUAUUUUGUUUUUUUUUUUAAUAUAGAAAUAAAUCAAGAUGACAUUUUGCAAUCAUAUAUAAAUAGCUUUAAAGCGAUAAUGUGCAUGUGAGAUGUCACUGUCUAACCUGUUUGAGUUCUGAUACUUGACAUACUUAAGUUAUAACUUAAAUGUAUUAAUGUAUACGUUCAUACGGUUAUAAAAUCUAUCGGCCUUACAAAUAAACUUGGUAUAAAGUUAUAACGGAUGAUAAACAAAGAAAAUGCAAAAUGUUUACGUUAUCGUUGACAACACUGUCAAUACAAUGAUAAUUCUGAAGUUUUCCUCAAGAAAAGCUGCCUUGCAAAUAAACGCGGGAAACGUUACACGUCCGAACAAACCAUUCGUAAGCAAAAUGCCUAUUUGUAAACAUUUUACAUAUUUUUGGUUUAUGCUUAGUUAUAACUUUAUGCCAAUUUUAUUUGUAAGACCUUAAAAGUUUUUUUUGCGUAAUUUGAUGCUUUGACUAGUAAACGUACACACACAAGGCCCAUUUUGGAACAACUCCUUUAUACAAAUAGGCGUAAUCUAAUUGCUUUUGAAUGUUUAUUAUGUAGAAAAAAAAUCUAAAUCUACCACAUGUUCGAAGAAUGUAGAGCUUGUGAGAAAAACAUACAAGAACAUUUUAAAAAAGCUGUAUCAUAAUAACAUCGUUCCUAUACAUUUUUUUAUGAUUUAAUUACAAAUGUAUAGUUUUCAUAUUUUCUCUAUACUUGUUUUCAUAGUUCUAGGUCACCGGAAAAUACCACAAAAAUUUUAAUUCCUUUGAGUGUGUCUAAAUGGUACGUUUUUUGUGGUAUAAGCGGUCGUAUCUUAAUUUACGUUAACUUAGUUCGAUUUUUUUACAGCUUCAAGUGACUUGGGUGUAUCGUUUUAAUUUCAACUUGGUACAUCCAGGCGCUCCCGAGAUAAGGACAGUCGACAGACUUGACAGACGGACGGACGGUCGAACGAACAACAACGGGUUCCGUUUUAUUCUUUUAAGGCAUGGAACCCUAAAGAUAACCAAACUAUAUUGUUUUGAUAAAGUUUACACUUUACAUCAAAAGAAAUGAAAAAGAGGUUCAAAAUGUCGCGCGUUUCCCACUGCCCAUUUUCGUCUUCCUUUGCUAGAAUCUCGAAAUUGUACAAUAUAAUUAUACAAAAAUAAAAACAAGAACACAAACCAUAAAAUUACUCUAAAUAAUGUUUAUGUCACAGAAUUGCCAUUUCUUAUAAUACUAAUAUAAUAUUUCCAUUAAUAAUUUUACAUAAUAUUAAUGAGACCUUGGUAGAAAAAAAAAUCUUUAUAAUUAUUUAAAAUAUGCAUUUGUUUGUAUAAUAUCAAUAGCAUGGUAAAUCAUAUUAAUAUAACAAACAAAUGUGUUGUCAAAUUAUUAAUUAUAAUAUUUCCGAUAAAUUUCUGCAGAGACUGCACUUAUGAUAAUUAGAAUUAUGUGGUGUCUGAGGUUAAGAAGUUAAUGGAGGCCUAAAACAUGGCUUGUUUAAUAUUAAAAAAAGCUUAUCUAGCAGUAGAUCAUAGACUUUAGUAAUUGAUAAGUGAAUCUUCCCCUUAUGAUCCAAAAACAGUCUUCCCUAAAGGUUGAUCAUGUUAUAUCAUUGUACACUUGUUGAAAAAUUAUCCUGUUCUUGCCUAACAUUAUUUUGUCUCUAGAUAUAAACUUGGAGAUUUUUAUAAAUUAGAUACUUAAUUGUUGUUAAAUAGUUGUAGUAUGAAUUUAGAAAUAAAUAAGUUAAUAUACAUACCAAAAAAGUCUAAGCAUGAUAUUAGAAAUUUACCAUUGAUAUUAAUUAAUUUCUAAGUCUCUUUCUUUAUUAUUUAAAAAAUAAAAUACAACGUUAUAAUGUCAAAAACCAUCCUAAAAUUUAAAUGAGUACAUGUUGCUUAGACUUUUUUGAUGUGUGUAUUGUUAAGACAGAAAUUACAUGGAAUGUAUUUUGUUUUAUAAUAAUAAAUUAUGUUUUAUAAAUUAUGCUACUUUAGGAUAUAUAAAUUGCAUAGUUUUCUUUUGCUGUUUCCAGUUAUUUGAUUGGUAUGGAUAGCCAUGCGCCAUAUAGUACAUUUUGCUGUGAUCAUUGCUAACAACAAUAAUUUUUUUUCAUUAAGUACCUACACUUACAGUCAAUUUU